AUGGCACAAUUUGUUAAUGGACUGCAAGAACGAAUUUCUCGCAAGGUAGAAAGAUUAGUUUACCAUGAGUUGCAGGAACUACUUCAUAUGGCAAUACAAAUUGAGCAACAAAUCAACAAGAAGCAAACUCGGGUAAACCGAGCUCGGAUGACCGCACCAAAUCCUCCGACACACCGAACCGAGUACAAGGGCAUUUCCACCGAUGUGAGCCGACCAAAUCUUGAUGAAAUUCAUGUUAAGGCCAAGGGGAAAUCCGUGGCUACUUAUAAGGAGGAUGCAAAGGUAAGUAAAUCGAACACUACUAACCUUCGAACUCGAGAGAUUAUUUGCUACAAGUGUAGGGGACGCGGACAUUAUGCUAAGGAUUGCCCGAACAAUCGAGUCAUGAUCCUCACCGACGCGGGAGAGUAUGAGUCAAUGGACGAGGAUGAAGUUGAGAAAGUACAAGAAGAGAUCGAAUACCCGGAUAGUGGUGAGUUAUUGGUCACGAGACGCGUUUUAAGCGCCAUGACAAAUCCGGAAGAAACCGCACAACGAGAGACCAUAUUCCACAGUCGUUGUACCGUGAGGAACAAGGUAUGUGGUUUAAUUAUUGAUAGUGGUUCUUGUACUAACGUUGCGAGUGCCUACAUGGUAAAGAAACUAGGGCUUGAAACCGAGAAGCAUCCUCAUCCGUACAAGUUACAAUGGCUUAACAACCAAGGUGAACUUAAGGUAAAAGAGAGAGUCAAAGUUUCAUUUAGCAUUGGGAGAUACCAAGAUGAAGUAGUAUGUGAUGUGGUUCCAAUGCAAGCCGGACACAUUCUUCUUGGACGACCUUGGCAAUUCGACCGAGAGGUGAAACAUGAUGGUAGGACUAACCAUUAUUCAUUCAUAUAUAACAAACGUAAGAUAUCGUUGGCUCCCCUUAGUCCAUCGCAGGUUCAUGAGAUGCAAGUGAAGUUGUCAAAGGAAGGCGACGACAAAAAGACAAAUUUUUAUGUAAAACCGAGUACGGUAAGUAAAGCGUUAGUCAAUGACCGCUUGGUUUUACUAAUGUUGUUCAAAGAUGCUUUGAGUACAGGCUCCGAACAGAUUGUGCACCCUCCGGAGAUCACAAGACUCUUGGAAUGUUUCCAAGACAUUUUCCCCGAGGAAACACCCGCAGGAUUGCCACCAAUUCGAGGGAUCGAGCAUCAAAUUGAUCUCGUACCGGGAGCACCUCUACCGAAUCGUCCUGCUUAUCGUAUGAAUCCCGAGGAAACUAAAGAACUCCAAAAGCAGGUACAAGAGUUAUUAUCUAAGGGUUAUAUACGCGAAAGCUUAAGUCCUUGUGCAGUGCCGGUUUUGCUCGUACCGAAGAAGGAUGGGACGUGGCGCAUGUGCGUUGAUUGUAGAGCGAUAAACAACAUCACCAUCAAGUACCGUCAUCCCAUUCCACGACUAGAUGAUAUGUUAGAUGAGUUGAGUGGAGCAACCAUGUUUUCAAAGGUGGAUUUAAAGAGUGGUUACCAUCAAGUACGUAUUGUGUCUUAUGUUGCCUUUUGGACAACGAAUACAACAAGCUCGAAACCAGGGGACACUUGGAGACUCACUAAGGUAUUCCUAUGGUUAGAUUUCAAGAGGAUAUCCAGGCCAAAGGGCACUCGGAGUCCUUAG